AUGACCUAUCCAGUUGUAACAAUUAAACCAAGUUAUAAUUCAAUAGUAAGGGGAUGUCCUGGUAUUGCAGAUACACUUCCCAGGAUAGAAUGUGAACUAAGAAUACGAUCAAAUGAUGGGAAUCCAUUUUCUAUCGAUCGAAUUGAGAUUUUUUUGAAAAAUGUAGAGGUAGUAAAUAACACUCAUGCAACAGGAUUAACUACAAAAUCCAAAUUUGAAAAAAAGACAUUAUAUUAUAAAAAAAAAUUAAGAAUAAAUACUGAAUCUAUGAAAACAAACGAAAUUUUAGGGUUAGAUGUUCCAAUAACUAUUGGGAUUCCGGAUUCAAUUAAGGCUACCAAUUAUAACGUAAAAUUUGGACACACUUAUACCUAUUUUGAUUGCAUUGUUUAUUAUAAACUGCCCAAACAAUUCAGCAAUCAAGCAGCAAUUAGUAAGUUUGAAAUGCCAAUCAAUAUUGAGAGAUAUAAUAUUUAUCCUAAUCUGAAGAUGUUCCCUCCCAUUAAACAAAAAGAUUGUUCUCCAGAUAACAGAAUCCAAUUAAAAUAUAAACUAAACUCAACGUGUUUUGGUACUGACGACUUGAUCCAUAUUGAUUUCGAAUUUAAACCAAAUGUCGGAAGACAUAGGAAUUGUAGCACAACCGGUACAAAUGCUAACACGCACAAUAAUAAUAGCCAUACUAACAGUGCGAAAAAAUUGAAGAUCAAAACAAUUACAGUAGAGGUACGCGAACUAUUGGAAAUAGCAACCGGUCAAAACGAUUCUGAUCCUAAUCAUCCAAGUAUUGGUUCCUCUUCGACCAACAACAACACUAGCAGUAUGAGUGGAUUGGAGAGUAGAGAAAAUAUCAUUAUAUCCGUUUCUAAGCCAAUUAAUCAACUGAUUGGAGCAAAUGGCUACAAAACCUUUAUUGAUUUAAAGUUACUCACUAUAAAUCCAGCUUUCAAAAAUUAUUACACAGCACUGUUAGAUCCGGUGGCAAUAUAUAAAUUACCAAAACAAAAAACGUCCGAUACUUUACCACAAAUAACAUUGAUAAAGGCCAAAAGUGGGAAUGACAGCAUCUCCUCUGCUAAUAGUGGUAAUAUUGGCGGAGAACCUUUAGUAUAUCAUAGUUCCUUGACCACUAUGGGCAGAUUAUAUAGUGUAACACAUGAUUUAAUUAUUAGGUUUAAAUGCAGUGGCAAUUUGAAAAGUUUUGAAAUAACACAACCAAUUACAAUAAGUCACUGGUGUAAACCACAAGUCAAAUAUAUUGAAAAUAUAAUUAGAGAUGAAAGGGAGAUUGCGAUAAACGCCAAACAAUUUUAUGAUAGAUAUGGAGGUAUCAAAAGAAUAAGGAGAAGUGAUGUCUUAGAAUACCCCCCCUUACCGCCAAUAGUUUUUCCAUACACUAAAGAAACGAUGGAAACUUUGGGUAUUAAAUAUGAAAAAGUUGGCCAUAAACAUUUAAGAAGGUUACCUGUUAUUGAAUAA